GUGGGAGCGGCACAGUGGCCAGGCUACCAAACCCUCCUCCUCGCCGGCGGAGAGGCAUUCUCAGCGGGGAAACCGUCAGCGCGGACGCCGGAAAUUUCCCAACCCAGUUGCUUUGAAGCGAAAAGAGUCGCAAACUGUAGCAGAUCGGUUAUACGCAAUUUUUUUAUUUUGCCCCGUACUUUCAUUUUUGAAGUUAAAGCAGGGUGAUACUACGUGGUCUCGUUGAGAUGGUAGAUUAUCACGCAGCAAAUAAUCAAAACCAACAGUAUCCGUCCGGUGGCACAUACAUGGAGCAGGAAAAUGACUGGGACCGGGACCUGCUUCUGGAUCCGGCCUGGGAAAAGCAGCAGAGGAAGACAUUCACAGCCUGGUGCAACUCGCACCUGAGGAAAGCAGGAACACAGAUCGAGAACAUCGAGGAGGACUUCAGGGAUGGCCUCAAACUCAUGCUGCUCCUGGAGGUCAUCUCAGGUGAGCGGUUACCCAAGCCAGAGAGAGGCAAGAUGAGGGUCCACAAGAUCAACAACGUCAACAAGGCCCUGGACUUCAUCGCCAGCAAGGGAGUGAAGCUGGUGUCCAUCGGCGCGGAGGAAAUUGUGGACGGCAAUGUCAAGAUGACCCUGGGAAUGAUUUGGACCAUCAUCCUGCGCUUCGCGAUCCAGGACAUCUCCGUGGAGGAGACGUCUGCGAAGGAGGGCCUGUUGCUGUGGUGCCAGAGGAAAACUGCACCCUACAAGAACGUCAACGUGCAGAACUUCCACAUCAGCUGGAAGGAUGGCCUGGCCUUUAAUGCCUUGAUCCACAGACACCGACCUGACCUGAUAGACUAUGAGAAGCUGAGGAAGGACGAUCCAGUGACGAAUCUAAACAACGCUUUUGAAGUGGCUGAGAAGUACCUGGACAUCCCCAAGAUGCUGGACGCAGAAGACAUCGUGGGUACGCUGCGACCUGAUGAGAAGGCCAUCAUGACAUAUGUCUCCUGCUUUUAUCACGCCUUCUCAGGCGCUCAGAAGGCCGAGACAGCAGCCAAUCGAAUCUGCAAGGUGCUGGCAGUCAACCAAGAGAAUGAGCAUCUCAUGGAGGAUUACGAGAAGCUGGCCAGUGACCUCCUGGAGUGGAUCCGUCGCACAGUCCCCUGGUUGGAGAACCGCACCCCAGAGAAGACCAUGCAUGAGAUGCAGCAGAAGCUGGAGGACUUCCGUGACUACCGGCGUGUUCACAAGCCACCUAAGGUGCAGGAGAAGUGUCAGCUGGAGAUCAACUUCAACACCCUGCAGACCAAGCUGAGGCUGAACAACCGACCCGCCUUCAUGCCCUCUGAGGGCCGCAUGGUCUCGGACAUCAAUAGCGCAUGGCAGCACCUGGAAGGGGCCGAGAAAGGCUACGAGGAGUGGCUCCUGAAUGAGAUCCGUCGCCUGGAGAGACUGGACCACCUGGCCGAAAAGUUCCGGCAGAAAGCCACCAUCCACGAGGGCUGGACCGCAGGAAAGGAGUCCAUGCUAACACAGAAGGACUAUGAGACCGCCUCCCUGUCGGAGGUCAAGGCCCUGCUGAAGAAGCACGAGGCUUUCGAAAGCGACCUGGCUGCCCACCAGGACCGUGUGGAGCAGAUCGCUGCCAUCGCCCAGGAGCUUAAUGAACUGGAUUACUAUGAUUCCCCGAAUGUGAACGCUCGCUGCCAGAAGAUCUGUGAGCAGUGGGACUCCCUGGGGUCUCUGACUCAGAGCCGCAGGGAGUCGCUGGAGAGGACCGAGAAGCAGUUGGAGUCCAUUGACGAGCUGUACCUGGAGUACGCCAAGAGGGCGGCGCCAUUCAACAACUGGAUGGAGGGCGCCAUGGAGGACCUGCAAGACAUGUUCAUUGUGCACAACAUUGAGGAGAUCCAGGGUCUCAUCACAGCCCAUGAGCAGUUUAAGUCCACCCUCCCAGAAGCAAACAAGGAACGAGAAGCCAUCCAGGCCAUCCAGAAGGAGGUGCAGAACAUCGCGCAAUAUAAUGGCAUCAAGCUCAGCGGAAGCAACCCUUACACCAGCAUUACUCCGGAGAGCAUUGACAGCAAGUGGGAUAAGGUCCGACAGCUGGUACCUCAGCGUGACAAGGCACUGCAGGAGGAGCUGGAGCGACAGAAGUCGAACGACCACCUCCGCCGCCAGUUCGCCAACCAGGCCAACAUUGUGGGGCCUUGGAUACAAAACAAGAUGGAGGAGAUCGGCCGGAUAUCUAUUGAGAUGAACGGUACUCUGGAGGACCAACUGACUCAUCUGAGGCAAUAUGAACAGAGUAUUAUUGAGUACAAGCCCAACAUCGAUCAGCUGGAGAGUAACCACGAGCUGAUCCAGGAGGCUCUCAUCUUUGACAACAAAUACACCACCUACACCAUGGAGCACCUACGUGUGGGCUGGGAACAGCUUCUCACCACCAUCGCCCGCACCAUCAACGAGAUCGAGAACCAGAUUCUCACCCGGGACGCCAAGGGCAUCAGCCAGGAACAGCUGCACGAGUACCGGGCUUCCUUCAACCACUUUGACAAGGAUCACAGUGGUACUCUGGGGGCGGAGGAGUUCAAGGCCUGCCUGAUCAGCCUGGGGUACGACGUGGAUAAUGACAAGCAGGGGGAUGCCGAAUUUGCACGCAUCAUGGGCAUCGUGGACCCCAACAACAGUGGGGCCGUGACAUUCCAGGCUUUCAUCGAUUUCAUGUCCCGGGAGACAACGGACACGGACACAGCAGACCAGGUCAUCGCCUCCUUCAAGAUUCUGGCAGGAGACAAGAACUACAUCACAGCAGAAGAGCUGAGGCGAGAGCUGCCCCACGACCAGGCGGAGUACUGCAUUGCCCGCAUGGCCCCCUACAGCGGCCCCGACGCCGUCCCGGGGGCCCUCGACUACAUGUCCUUCUCCACCGCCCUGUAUGGCGAGAGUGACCUCUGAGAAUAGAGAGGGAGGCGGGGGAGGGCGGGUGGGUCAGCGAGAGAGACAGUGGGGAAGAUACAGGCUUACUGGGUCGGAGCGAUCGGGAUUUCAUUACACGGAGCGUUGCAUCCUAUCUGGGUUCAGAUGUGUAGGUUUCAGGGAGCAGAACCUGCCGUACCCCCUACCUCUGGGAGGGGGGGGGUGACUCUUCUUUCUGAUUCCCACCAAAAUGUUUUUUUUUCUUCUUUUAACCCCCCAAAGGUAGAUUGGGUUGGAGGCCAGAGAGAGGGGUAAGAUUUAUUGAAGUAUACAUAAUGUAUUGCACAGAGAAUGGAGAGAGGGCUUGAACAGAAAAAUAUUCUUAUUCUCUUUAACUAUUUUGCUGGGUAAGCGGAGCUUGGAAAUCCUAUAACCUACUUUCAUACUAUCUCCAGCAAAUAUGAGUUUAAUGGGUUCAGUGCUGUACAUACUUAUUUUCCAGUAUACAAAAAAAUUGCUUAUAGGGCUUCGGAAUGAAAAUGUAGUUGUGAAAAGAGGGUUUCACAAAACCCCAGUACUGUAGAUAGGUUUGAAUUCCCAUCCCAAAGAAUCACCAUUGGACCUUUUCUAGUCUUUCAGUACAUUUAAACAUGCUGUACAAUGUUAUUUCAAGCAUAGGGCCUAUUUUAAGAUGUUACUGAAUAAAUUGUGAAAAUUGGGGGUGGGGGUACUUUCUGUAGCUACAGAUCCUCUGUCUUUGUCAUUCCUCUUUCUUCAGCUCCAUUUCUCUGUGGCAAAAGGGACCCAGCGCUGGGUGCAGGGCCAGGGCUGUGAACGACCUUUUUCUAUACAUUCCAUUAUGUAUUAAUAUUAUGGAAAUUACCGUUUUCAAUCUAUGCAAUCGGUUUUUAGUUCGUAAUCUAUAUUCUGUAUCGCUGACUUCACGAAAACUGAGGGAAGGCAGAUGUCUGCUUAAACAGCCGAGCAGUCGGAAUACCAGAGAUUGAUUCCUACGAUAUUUUGUAAAACGGUGAUGCUGGGGGGAGGGGCACGUUGCUGUUGGGGGGAGGGGGGGGGCAGCUCUGGGCAUUGUUAACUAAAAUGUUUUGGACCAAAAGAUUUAAUUUUUUUUUUUGUCUGGAUUUUUUUUUUCUUCAAUAUCAAACCUGAUCUGCUGUACUGGAAACUACAACAGCAUCUCAAAUGUGGAAUAUCAUAUGCACACAUAAAAUUACCUUCAAAUAUUA